UCCCUCCCUCCCUUUCUCUGUCUAGUCUGGUUGGCGAACUUGAAAAGCAAACAAACUGACGGUUAAGCCUAAAAAAACACACAACGCUUUUCCUCUACUCUCUUCCCGUCUAUUCCUCGAGAAGCUAACUCUUCCAUAUAUAAGCCUUAACAUGACCUUGAAACUUCGUCAGGACAAGGGAGAAGAGCUGGCUGAAAACUGAGAGUCUGUCUGAGACAGCAAAAGACAGAUAUGAAAAUGGUGCAAAACGGUUUUGUUGGAGGAGAAGAGGCGGUGAGUUCUGGUGGAGGAACGGUGGUUGUUGGGGUGAAGCUUGAUUCACCAAGCAGAGAGCUUUUGACAUGGGCUUUGGUUAAGGUGGCUCAGCCUGGUGACUCUGUGAUUGCUCUCCAUGUUCUUGGCAACAAUGAAAUCGUGGAUCGAGAUGGGAAGUCUUCGCUUUUAUCGCUGGUCAAAGCGUUUGACUCUGUUCUUGCCGUCUAUGAAGGAUUCUGUAAUUUGAAACAGGUGGAUCUCAAACUUAAGAUAUGCAGAGGUUCUUCAAUUCGCAAAAUUUUAGUGAGAGAAGCAGAAUCUUAUUCUGCAACUAAGCUUAUAGUUGGAACAGCCGCCAAACUCCAUAAGAUACGGUCAUCGACUUCGGUAGCUAAGUACUGUGCUAAGAAACUAACAAAAAACUGUUCAGUUCUUGCUGUUCAUAAUGGGAAAGUAGUGUUCCAGAGAGAGGGCUCUCCAGCUGGUACUUUUGGUUCACAAGGAAGUGAAGAUCAGAAAAGAUAUAGCUUGCUUAAUGCAAUUCAGAGAACAAUGACAUUGAACAAGAAUUCUAGAGUACUAAGUGAAGGAAAUGCCAAUGCCGAAACCAACGACAAAAAUUUGGAGCAGGCCUUAUCAAAAGCCCGUUCAGGCAGCUUGGAGAGUGAUCCAAAGAAAAAUUGCUCAAUCUGUGGAUCUGGUAAUGAGUUGUUGCUACAUAAUUCUUGUCAGCAAUCUGCAAAAGAGUCUUCUGCUGGUGAUGCUAACGAUGGAGACCAAUCGUUGGCUAUAGUGCCAGUGCAAAAGGCUGAGGCUACGUCCAGUUCGAUUUCCAUGUUGAUCAAACAGUUGCCUGAAAUCAGACCCGGUUGGCCUUUACUUCGUCGUGCAGUUUUGUCAGACCGACAACAACAAGUUCCUGACCGGUCUUCAUUGAGGCAGAUAUCUGUGGUUCAGUGGGUGAUGCGGUUGCCCUCUAGGCGUACUCUGUUUCUUGCCAAUUCGGAUCAGAAACAAGAAGGUUGCACUCAGAGUGAAUAUAAGUCCUCUAGUUUUGAUGGAGAAAGCGGUGCAAUUGUUCCAGUUGGUACGGAGAAUGUCAUUGCUCCACCUUCUCCUGAUCAAAACUCAAGAAACCUGCCAAAAGAACUGGAGGGUCUCCAUGAAAAAUACUCUGCAACUUGCAGAUUAUUUAAGUACCAAGAGCUCGUCUCAGCGACAUCAAAUUUCUUGGCUGAAAAUUUUAUUGGAAAAGGAGGUAGCAGUCAGGUUUAUAGAGGUUGCCUUAGAGACGGCAAGGAACUCGCUGUGAAAAUUCUAAAGCCUUCUGAAGAUGUAUUGAAGGAGUUUGUUUUGGAAAUUGAGAUUAUUACUACAUUACAUCAUAAGAACAUUAUUUCCCUCUUGGGUUUUUGCUAUGAGGAUGACAAUCUUCUUUUGGUUUAUGAUUUCUUAUCAAGAGGAAGCCUUGAAGAGAACCUUCAUGGUAAUAAGAAGGAUCCUGGUGCAUUUGGUUGGAGUGAAAGAUACAAGGUGGCACUUGGGGUAGCGGAGGCCUUAGAUUAUCUGCAUACUAACAGUCAGCACCCUGUAAUCCACAGGGAUAUUAAAUCCUCCAACAUACUACUGUCUGAUGACUUUGAGCCACAGCUCUCAGAUUUCGGACUUGCUAAAUGGGUAUCAGCCUCUUCAUCACAUAUAACCUGCACAGAUGUUGCAGGAACCUUUGGUUAUUUGGCUCCUGAGUACUUCAUGUAUGGCAAAGUAAACGACAAGGUUGAUGUUUAUGCAUUUGGCGUUGUGCUGCUUGAGCUUCUAUCUGGAAGAAAACCUAUAUGCAAUGAGUAUCCAAAAGGCCAAGAGAGCUUGGUCAUGUGGGCAAAACCAAUUUUAAGUGGUGGGAAGGUUUCCCAAUUAUUAGACCCAAGCUUGGGUGAUGGAUAUGAUCGUGACCAGAUGGAGAGGAUGGUUCUCGCUGCCACGCUUUGUAUUAGACGUGCCCCACGUGCUAGACCUCAAAUUAGUGUGGUUUGGAAGCUCCUUCAAGGCGAUGCUGACGUGACAAAGUGGGCAAGGCUCCAAGUGAAUGCCUCGGAAGGAUCUGACGCAUUGGAUGGUGAAGCUUGUCCCAGGUCUAACCUCCAAUCCCAUCUUAGCCUUGCUUUGCUUGAUGUGGAGGACGAUUCACUCUCCAUGAGCAGCAUUGAGCAAUCUGUGUCAUUAGAGGACUACCUGAAUGGUAGGUGGAGCCGUUCAUCAAGCUUCGACUAACCCACAAUACCGGCAAUCUAAGCUGCAAAUAAGCUUAUUCCAUUUAUGGAUUUUUUUUUUCUCCCCCUUGUAUAUUCUUUUGGUUUUCUUUACUCUUUUUUCUUUCAACUGGGUUGCUUACGGUAGGUGUUGGAUGAGAGGU